AAAAAAAAAAAGAAGUGAAAAUAAAGGAGAAGGUGAGAUAUGCUUAAGACUUUUUAUGUUCCUAAUAAUUAGUCACAUUUUUCAACCUAUAAAACAAGGUCUUCUCUUCCUCCAUUUUUUCAUCAACAACAACAACAAGCAUCAGCAAAAACCAACAACAACCAUUCAAGAGAGAGAAAGUUAGAGAGAGUGAAGAAGAAUCAAAGAAGAUCGAAAAAGUCGAAAAAUUUGAAGAAAGAAAGAAAAAGAUGGGAAGAGCUCCAUGUUGUGACAAAGCUAAUGUGAAGAAAGGUCCAUGGUCUCCUGAAGAGGAUGUUAAGCUUAAGGCUUACAUUGAGAAAUAUGGCACCGGUGGUAAUUGGAUCGCGCUUCCUCAAAAGAUCGGGCUUAAGAGAUGUGGAAAAAGCUGUAGACUAAGGUGGUUGAACUACUUAAGGCCUAAUAUCAAACAUGGUGGUUUUACCGAGGAGGAAGACAACAUCAUUCUCAGUCUCUACAUUAGCAUCGGCAGCAGGUGGUCAAUAAUAGCAGCACAGCUACCAGGACGAACAGACAACGAUAUAAAAAAUUAUUGGAACACUAGGCUUAAGAAGAAGCUCCUUGGAAGGAGAAAGCAACAACAACAACAAAACGGCUCCAGAGACGAGCUGCCCUCGUUAAGCAGCUCGGCCCUGGAGCGACUUCAGCUCCAUAUGCAACUUCAAAACCAACAAGGAGGGAUUCAAAAUAACCCUCUUUCUCUCUUCAAUAGCCCUGCAAUAUGGCCUAAGUUACACCCUCUUAUUCAAGAAAAACUUAUUCAAAAUAACCUCCAAUCUCUAAACCCUCAAAUGAUCCAAUACCCUAAUAAUUAUAGUAACGUUGAUUUCUUACAACAAACUCCAAGUCUUGUACACUUACAAGCCAACAAUUACAACAACACCAACGACGACGAUGACAAUGUUAAUAAUGGUAUGAUUAGUAAGGAGCAAGUUGAAGAGUUGGAAAACUCUAGCUUAAAUGGGUCUGCAUCAUCAGGAAGCUCGAAUCUUGCUAAUAACAAUAACGACAACAAAAAUAACAAGACUAGCAUUGGUAGUUUUGUUGGUAUGAAUAAUACUAGUGUUUCGAAAACUGAGGGAUAUUCAACAGGUAUGCAAAGAGUUUUAAGCUUUCAAGCCGAGCUUAAUGAGCUUCUUGGUGGUGAUAAGUUGGCCGGUCACGAAUUCGACGGGAUCAAUGGAUGGUGGGAUGCUUCAAGUGUUGUUCUUCAGCCUGAGAAUAGUACAACUAUGUUGUACAGCCAAGAUUAUGCUUGAUUAUUAAUUUUAAUAAUUUAUUAAGUUAUUAUAAUUAUUAUUAUUUUCUUGUAAUUAGAGGUUAUAGAAAGUGUAAGAUUUAGGUAUAGGUCUUUGUGAGCUUUGUAAUGAUUCAUGGAAAUUGUAGGAGGCCUUGGAUAAACAAGUGAUCGAUGUUGGAUCGUCACUUUGAUCUUGUAUAUUGUGAAAGUAUUAACUGUAAUGAAUUUUUAAUAAAAUUGUUAUUUUAUAAA